AUGAUUGAUGAUAAUGAUCUGGGUUUCUUUGCCAAUUUUCUUGGCGUCUUCAUCUUUGUGCUGGUGAUAGCAUACCACUAUGUCGUGGCUGACCCAAAGUAUGAAGGAAACUAGGAAAUUUUUGAAGUUGAAGAUGUAAUUUUUUUAUGCUGUAGACUGAGAUGCUUUGCAAAUGGAAUUUAAUGUGAUAGAAUUAUGAACUUCAGUUUGGGAAUAUUAAUGUUAGCUUGGUACUAAAACUUCUAUAAACAUCGAAGGAGCACAACUUUUUUAUUUUUGUUAUACUUGUGUGUGCUUGCAUUAGCUAUGCUUUGUGGUCAAGGAACUUUUAUGUUAUACUUGUGUGUGCUUGCAUAAGCUAAUGAAAAGAAUGACUUAAUGUUAGAAGGUUUACUA